UGUGUUUAAAUGAUGGAAUUACAGCUGUUAAUGUCUAUUAUCAUUAUCAUGUUCAAGUCAAUUCAGUUUUCAAAGGGUUUCAAAUUAGAACCUAGUUAUGGUACACUAUAUCUGAAAUGCAGAAUAUCUUGGAGGCUGGACGUUUCUGUUCUGUAACUUAUACUUCAUAUGAUACUGCAUGUUGCUUCCUCAUAUCAAUGCGCAUGUUUGUAGUCACAGAGAAACAGGAAGCGGAGUGAGUAAAGGGUAAAACGGGAGCCGGGAUGAGCUCGUGCCAUUCAGUCGCGAGGAGUUGGCUGCGCAGCUGGAGUGAGUUUAUCUCCGCACUGCUGUCCUGAAAGGGAAGAGAGAUGAAUGAGGAAGCGCACGGUUCCUUUUGAGGAGGUGAGUGUCUAGAAAGUCUAACUUGACAUUUAUAACACGUUACUUUAGCCGUGUUUAAAGCUCAGAGAAAAACGUAAAGCAUCCUCUCACCUGUGCAGCUUGUAACUCAGUGUCACGUGUCACAGCUGCAAUAAAAAAAAAGAGAUAGCUAAACUUUACGAGUAAAACUUAGCUUGAUUCAACAUAAUGUGCUUCACUGUUAUCCUGUAUAGACAUGUUAGUAUGGAGGCAUGUGCAGAAAUGUGAUUGAAAGUGUACAUUUUGUCAUGUUAAUAAUGUAUAAUACAAUGAUGUUUUUGUUUUGAUGUGUGCCAGUGAUGUAUUUUUAACUCUGCCCUAUUGUAACAACUGUAUCAGGCAGUUGGUGUUUCCUCUACAGGUGUUCCUCACAUUAGCUGCAGACUGUAGUAUGGCCAUAGACUGUGUUUACGUACAUAAUGAUUUUUGAAAGGAUGUCAUGCUGCUUUAUUCGAGAUUAUUUGGCUAAAAAGUAGACUUUUUUUUAUACUUUACAACUGGAUACAUACCCUGUCCCAUUAACUUUAUUUUAAGAUCAUAGUGAUGUGUAAGAGGCAAUUGUUUUGCAGUUAUUUUAAUCUAAUUUACUGUGAAGGUCGGAUAUAUAUUUUUAGUUCAUGUCUCUGUUUGCCAGCUUGUUCUUCUCAUCUGCUUUGUGUAAAUACUUCACACUAGUUUCCUGUGUUUAAGGGCACAUGUGAUUUGGAUUAUGCAGUAAAUCAGUCCCAUUGCAAGCUUUACCACCUCAAGGAUGGAGGAUAUAGACGUGUGUCAUUAUGUCAGAAUAUGUAACACUUUUCUAAUGUUUUUAUGGUUUGAUGUGGAAUGUGUCCAGCCGGUCAAGGCUCAUAUGAUUGUAAUGUGCUGCAUAUAAUGAUAAUCACAUCAGAUCCUUGGACUGAGGCAUCGGGUUUAUUUCAGUUCAGUAAUGCUGAACAUUCAUGCUGCUGAAGUUUUCAUUUUGAAUGAGUAAACACUUCUGUUUCAACAGUGAACCAUUUUUCAGUAUGAUUUCAAAGUAAAAUAAGUAUAAAAACAAUACAUGUAAACAAAUCAUAGUUAGGAAUAAUGUAUUUCCUAAAGAGAGCACUUGAGGUUAUUUUGUGCAGUUCAGUUUUAGCCAAAAAAGUGCCUUUUAUUUUUUUAACCUCACUACAAGUUUGCCUCCAUCAAAUUUGCAUGGGUUUUUCCUAUAUGUUUCUUCUUUUGUGCAUGUUAUCACGUGCACAUUGCACAGAUGAGCCACAUUUUCCAAGAUUUCCAGAUGAUACUAACAAACAGGGAACAUUGAUUUAAAAUAACCCUAAAAAGCAGUAUACCAAAAUUGGGAAAGAAAUACUCCAUACAUGGGAUAUAGGAUGAUGCGUCUUUAUCACAUGAUGUGAAUCUGCAGUGAAAAAGCUAAUUCAAUUGUGAGUGACACCCGGUUUCCUGUUCUCCCCAAAGAGCUUUCAUCAGCCCAACUCAUUCUAUUAUGUUCCUGAUUUGUCAUAUAGAUAAAGAGGAACGUCAUGAGGGCCGCUGGGGCCACAAACUAAAAGGGUCCCGCUGAAAGUAUCCUGGCAACAAUUGUAUAAAGUGGUUGCGAUCCCUCAGGUCUGAUUUGGCACCUUGGUCUGGUUUUGUUGGUCCAUCUCGAUCCUGGGUUGGUGUCAGUUAUGGCCGACCAUCUUCCUCCUGCUCUGCUGGAGGCCUGUGUGGUGUUAGGAGCCUCUAGUGACAAACUCAGUGAGCUCUAUCAGGCCGUUGACAAUAAUGAAGCCCCAGACCUCCUCCUGUUGGAGCCCGAGGUUCUGCAUGUCCUGGCGCCUCCCUUCGUUUGCAGACCGCAAGAUGAGAGUGAUGCGUUGAGGUCACAAGGGACGAGGCGGCGGUCCUUUCUCAGGAAGAAGAGGGAACAUCCUUCAGCUGCAGCGACCCCCAGCCAAGCAAGUGGCAUAGGAGAGAGUGAGGAUGUCAGUGUACCGAAAGACAUCGACCUCAUGGCUUUACCCCAACUCUGCUUCCCGGGUGGGCUCCAAGUAACUAAUGAGCAGAAAGACGAACAAUUCCACUUCCUGGUUUUCACUGAUGUCUUUGGCAACAAGACCCAUGGAGUAGUAAUGCACUGUUACCGACCAAUACUGGAAGGGACGUCUAUCUUCCAGAACGGAGCUGGGUCCUCUAAGUUUUCUAAACUUUUCUCUGCCUACGGCAUCUGUAUCAUAUCCAAAUAUCCUUACUUUACUGCAAUCAAAGACUGUCUGUCAUGUCUGUUAAUCCAGCUGAGAACUUGUCGUUUAUCUGACAUGGAGGAGAGAGUGAAGGAGUUUGCAGCCAAACUUUCCCUGGUGCCCAUUCCCCCUCCUGGACAACUACAUUUGAUGUUUACCUUGCGUCCUUUGACCAUUGUAUUACCAUCCAGAGAAAACAAAGACCACCCAGCUAUAGAUUUAGACCUCCAUCUGCCUUUCUUCUGCUUCAGGCCACAGCAACUGCUACAGGUGCUCUCUUGUCUCCUGCAGGAGCAGCGGGUGGUGUUAUUUUCUGCUGAUUGGGCAAGACUCACGCUGGUGGCAGAGAGCUUCUUGCUUUUCCUACAGCCUCUGUUGUGGCAGCAGCCAUACGUUCCUGUCCUGGCCAGAGGCAUGCUGGACUUCCUCAUGGCUCCUACUGCCUUCCUUAUGGGCUGCCACCUCAGCCACUUCGAAGAGGUUGCUGCUGAAACAGAUCAUCUGAUCCUAAUCAACAUUGACAACGGCAGUGUCUCCACUUCUUGUUCUGAGACUCUGGACCUCCCGGAGAUUCCCCCGGCCGCUGCAGACUGCUUCACACAGAGGUGUCAGGCCCUGCAGAUACAUUUUGACCUGCAUCAGUGCAACCAUGCAAGCUGUUCUGACAUCAGUGAGCAGCGCGCUCGGAGGAGAGCGUGGCAACACAACCUCAACCACGACAUCCAGAGGAUCGCACUGGAACUGAUGGUCAACAUAUUCAGGGAUGUUAGCGGUCAUCUGAACUAUGAACAUCGAGUGUUUAACAGUCAAGAGUUCCUGAAAACUAGAGAGCCAGCUGAACAGCUGUUUUACAAAACGGUGUUGGAUACAUACAUCUUCCAUUCCUUCCUUAAGGAUCGUCUCAACAGGAAAAUUGACAACUUUGCUCGAAUGGAACUCAUCACUCGUUCUGAGAUGCAGCGGGUGAAAGCUAUGGUUGAGGCGCCACGCAGACCCACCAUGCAGGAGGUUCAAGCCCGUAGAAGAAGUUCUAUUGCAGGGAGUAAGCUGAGUAAGAGACUGGGGAUGAGCCUCCCUAACCUGGGAGACGACCAAACAUUCAGCUUUCAAAGAAACUCACUACUGAGCAGGAUCAGCAUCCCUGACGCAGUGCUGAGAACUCCUCCUAAACCAACAAAGGUGUUUAAGCUCCCAGAUUUCCCAGCCUCUCUGUCCUUCCACUCUGUCCAAGUUUAUUACAGUGAGCUGAUCCAGCAGCUUGGCAAAGCCAUCUUCUCUGUACAAAAUGAGAACUCUUCCCUGCUGGCAAGAUUCUACUACCUGCGUGGUUUCAUUAACACGCUGUACGGGCGGCGGCUGGAGGCUCUGGGUGAUUUCCAGAACCUCUACAGGACAGACACCGCCAUCUUCCCCACACAGCUGGUCACAUGGCUUGUGGACUCGCUGCACCGAGACGAGAGGCAGCAAGCUGACAGGCGGCCUGAACUCAAGAGACUAAUCCUUAAGGUGAAGACAGACAGUGAGAAGCUGUUGGUGCAGCCUGAUGAACACGUCAAGAAGUUUAAGCUUCCCCUACAAACUCUGCAUCUGGAGGAGUUUGUGCGUUGCAUUCAAGAGUGCGGGAUUGUUAAAGAUGUAGCAACUAUACACCGAUUAUUUGAUGCACUCAGUGAUGGCGAGCCAAAGCGGGUGGAGCCGGAUCUGUUCAAAGUCUUUUACAACUUCUGGAAGGAGAUGGAGGGCCAGGCACAAGACGUUGACUUGCCCUCUGAGGUCAUAGACCAUCUUGACAAUAGCGAGUGUGUCUACAAGUUGUCGUCGUGUAUCAAGACCUCCCAUGGCGUUGGUAAAAUUGCCAUGACUCAGAAACGUCUCUUCUUGCUGUCUGUGGGACGACUAGGAUUCCUGGAAAUAGCAAAGUUCAGAGACAUAGAGGAUGUGAAGAUUUCAUCAGCUCCGUUUCUACUUGUUCGCAUUCCUUCCCUCCGUAUUAAGACCUCUGGUAAGCUAGAGGUGUUUGAGGCCAAUCUAAAGACGGAGACCGAACUCUGGAACCUCAUGGUGAAAGAGAUGUGGGCCGGACGCAGGAUGGCCGACCAGCACAAGGACCCUCAGUACAUGACUCAGGCUCUGACCAAUGUCCUGUUAAUAGACGCUGUCAUGGGCUGCCUGCAGACACCGAGGUCCAUUAUUGCUGCCUCAAAGCUGGCCUACUUCGAUAAGAUCAAAUAUGAAGUGCCCAUGAUGGUCCCUAAAACUACCUCAGAGACCCUCAAACACAAGAUCAACCCCUCACUGGACCUGGCCGAACCACAGACUGUUCAUGUGCUGCUUUAUACACCAGGUCAGUUGACUUGCAAUGACUCAGCGGCUGAGAUGAACCCCAAACUGUGGGUGGCUCUCAGUGGGGGCAGAGUGGUGGUGUUUGAUGCAGCUAGCUGGUCCAUGCUGCAGGACUGCAUCCAGGUCGGAGAGACGCAGCUGAACUGCAUGUUGGGAUUGGUCCAGGAGCAGGUGUGGAUUGGCUCUCAGGACUCUGUGAUCUACAUAAUUGACACUCACAGCAUGUCCUGCAACAAACAGCUGACUGAGCACAGACAUGAAGUGACUGGACUGACGGUGGACCACAGAGAUGUUCAGAUGUACUCCUGCAGCAGUGAUGGGACGGUCCUGCAGUGGGACUCAGCCAGUCUCAAAGUGAAGCGACAGAUACACGUCAGCUGCGACCGUCUGUCCUCCAUACAGAUCUAUGAUGGCACAUUGUGGUGCUGUUGUGACGACAGCAUUGUGGAACUGAAAAAGAGUGGGACACCACAAAGAAGAAUGGCACUUCCUGACGACUUACUGAGCAUGCCCAGUAUCUUCAGCAGCUUCAUCCUCAUCCCAGAGCGAGGUCAGUUGUGGACGGGCUGUUCAGACUCAGGCGAGCUGAUUCUCUGGCACACUAACAACCACAGACGUCCAUUCAAGAGAAUCUCCCUGCCAGGCUGUUCAGGAGUCACCUGUAUGAUUCAAGUCAAGGACCAGAUAUGGGUGGGCUGUCGUGCCUGGAGCGGUAUCGGGGGUCAGUGUGAGGAUCAACUGAGAAGUCAGGUGUUGGUGAUGGACGCUGAGAGCCAUACUGUGGCGAAGGAGCUGCAGGCCCACUCAGACAGCAUCCAGACGCUCUGCUCUGCUGAGGACCGCUACGUCCUGAGCGGCUCCGCACGACGCGACGGCAAGAUAGCCAUCUGGAAAGUCGAGUAAAAGCAGAGAGUGGGAGAGGAAAGAGGAACACAUGUAAGGAGUGAGCACUUGCACAACAUUAGGUUAAUGUGCCCACCCAGAUAUUAGAAUUCCAGAAAGUGUUGAAGACUCUUACAGACCAGAGCAUCCUGUGGGUGUCGUAGAGCAAGUGUAUAGACAGGGUACAAUGGUGAAGAGAGAUCAUUACAAAUGAAUAGAGGUGCAGAGAAAAGUGAUUCUCUUAGUUUAGCUGGAAUAUCAUUUUUUAGCCAUAUUUAAAUGGUAAUUACAUUACACGCUGGUAAUUAAAAUACAAAAAUGUGUGAAUGCAGAAGAGAGCUGUUAAACAUAUAUUUUGUGGUUGUCAUUAAGAUGUUGUUUCUUACACUGGGCUAUGAAGAGCAGAUCUUCAUCUUCUUUGAAACAAACCUUCAAUGAAAUGUGAAAAAGGUCAAUUUUAUGAAUAAGUAUGUUGUUUUAAAAGCUUCAUUUUGUCUGCAUGUCAAAAGCAGGAAUAUUUAAAUGCUUUAAUGAUUAUUAUUCAUGUUUCUUAACCAAUAAUAUAAUAAAUAACAUUCCAGGUAUUA